AUGUCCUCGCGCUCCGCCCUGGCGGCGGGGAACGAGCGCAACGCGGACACGUCAGCGCCCCCCCCUCCCCAUUUUCAGGUCGCCAUUAAAAUCAUCGACAAGACCCAACUGAACCCCACGAGCCUCCAGAAGCUUUUUCGGGAAGUUCGGAUCAUGAAGGGGCUGAACCACCCCAAUAUCGUGAAGCUGUUUGAGGUGAUCGAGACGGAGAAGACGCUGUACCUGGUGAUGGAGUACGCCAGUGCAGGUGAGGUGUUUGAUUACCUGGUGUCCCACGGGAGGAUGAAGGAGAAGGAGGCGCGGGCCAAGUUCAGACAGAUCGUCUCGGCCGUGCAUUACUGCCACCAGAAGAACAUCGUGCACAGGGACCUCAAGGCCGAGAACCUGCUCCUGGACGCCGACGCCAACAUCAAGAUCGCGGAUUUCGGCUUCAGUAACGAAUUCUCGCGGGGCUCCAAGCUGGACACGUUCUGCGGCUCCCCCCCCUACGCCGCCCCCGAGCUCUUCCAGGGCAAGAAAUACGACGGGCCCGAGGUGGACAUCUGGAGCCUGGGGGUCAUCCUGUACACGCUGGUCAGCGGGUCACUGCCCUUCGACGGCCACAACCUCAAGGAGCUGCGGGAGCGCGUCCUGCGGGGCAAGUACCGCGUUCCCUUUUACAUGUCCACGGACUGUGAGAACAUCCUGCGGCGCUUCCUGGUGCUCAACCCCGCCAAGCGCUGCACCCUCGAGCAAAUCAUGAAGGACAAGUGGAUCAACAUCGGCUACGAGGGGGACGAGCUGACCCCGUACACGGAGCCCCAGGAGGACUUUGGGGACACCAAACGCAUCGAGGUGAUGGUGGGCAUGGGGUACACGAGGGACGAGAUCAAGGAGGCGCUGAGCACCCACAAGUACAACGAGGUGACGGCCACGUACCUGCUGCUGGGCCGGAGGGGAGAGCCCGAGGGUGGCAGUGGCCUGUCCCUGUCCCUGUCACGGCCCCGGGGCGUGGCCGAAGCCCCCAACGGUGCCACCAAGUCGGGGACGUCGGGGACCCACGGGAAGGGACAGCGAGGGGGGGGCCACCACCGCCUCACCUCCCGCCCGCCGCCGUCACCUUCCAGCCACUCCCUGGGCGGGGCUCACCUGGCUCACCUGGCCCGGGGCUGCUCGGCCCGCAGCACCUUCCACGGUGGGGGAGGGGGCGGGGGGGGCCGGGACCCCCGCGAGCGCCGGGGGGGGGGCGGCGCGGGAGCCCCUCCCCCCUCCUCGCCCCCUCCCCCCACACCUGCGGCCGCCUCCCCCCGGCCCCGCCCCACGGCCACGCUGCUGAGCAAGAUCACCUCGAAACUGACGCGCAGGGUGUCCCUUGACCCCUCCCGGCGCCAGAGCUCCAAUCGCUGCGUCUCGGCCAGCCCCCCAAUCAGCGCCCGCCCCGCGGCUCGGCCACGCCCCGCGGUGAAGAUGGCGGCGCUGCGGGCGCUGCGGUGGCGGCGCCUCCCGGGGCUCGUCCCGAGGCGGCUCCGGAGCACGGCCGAGUCCCCCGAGGAGCGGCCGCAGUUCCCGGGGGCCUCGGCCGAGUUCGCCGAGCGCCUCGAGUUCAUCCAGCCCAACGUGCUGGCCGGGAUCCCGGUGUACCGGGUGAUGGACCGGCAGGGACAGGUGCUGCGCCCCUCCGAGGACCCCCAGCUGCCCAAGGAGCAGGUGCUGAAGCUCUACAAGACGAUGACGCUGCUCAACACCAUGGACCGGAUCCUGUACGAGUCCCAGCGCCAGGGCCGGAUCUCGUUCUACAUGACCAACUACGGCGAGGAGGGGACGCACGUGGGCAGCGCCGCCGCCCUCGACGCCUCCGACCUCGUCUUCGGGCAGUACCGGGAGGCAGGUGUGCUGCUGUACCGGGGCUACCCCCUGGAGCUGUUCAUGGCCCAGUGCUACGGCAACGCCAGCGACCCCGGCAAGGGCCGCCAGAUGCCGGUGCACUACGGCUGCCGCGAGCGCCACUUUGUCACCAUCUCGUCCCCGCUGGCCACGCAGAUCCCGCAAGCGGCGCGGGGCCCGGGCUACGGGCUGCUCUCCAUCCGCGUGGAUGGCAACGAUGUUUUUGCCGUGUUCAACGCCACGCGGGAGGCUCGGCGCCGCGCCGUGGCCGAGAACCAGCCCUUCCUCAUCGAGGCCAUGACCUACCGCAUCGGCCACCACAGCACGAGCGAUGACAGCUCGGCGUACCGCUCGGUGGACGAGGUGAAUUACUGGGACAAGCAGGACCAUCCCAUCUCCCGCCUGCGCCUCUACCUGGGCAGGAGGGGCUGGUGGGACGAGCAGCAGGAGCAGGCCUGGAGGAAGAGCUCCCGGAAAAUGGUCAUUCUGGGGCGGAUUUACACCCCCAAAACCAACCCCCAGCAGGACGGGGGGGGCCAGGCCCCAAACCACCCCCUGGCUCAAUCCCCUCUCUCCCACCGCCCCCUCCCCUAA